AUGUAUAAACAACCAUUCUUAGGGCUGCUAUUUAGGGAUUAGCUAGUAGAGUAUUUGUUUUGUACUGUAAAUUUAAACUAAAAAUCUUGAUUUUAAGAUAACAUGUGAUAUUUGUAUCUAGAAAAAAUUAAACCGAUAGUAGGUAUUGACUAAUUUUUAAAUAGCAGGCCGGGUAUCUAGCGUUGUUUCUACUUAAUAUUAUAUGGCGCCGUGUAGCUCUCAAGUUAAAAAUUGCUUCGGCUAAUAUAACAUUUUUGGCAAUUAACCGAGUUAACAGCUAACGGUCCAGAGCGAGAGCCUGAAAUACUGCCUUUGGUCCCGCCAAUGAAUGAUUCUCGGAAUGGGCUAUGGCAACAGAAAGAUAUCGCCCUCUCUCUGCUAAAGUCUUCACACAAGCUCACCACAUUGAAUCAUCUAAAGUCUCUCCAUGUAUACCUCCUCCGCACCGGCCUUCACCACAGCAGUUUCGCCGUCGGCAACUUCAUAACCUAUUGCGCUUCUCUUGGAAUCAUGUCAUAUGCAGCCCAACUGUUCGAUCAAAUGUCCGAGCCAAAUUCCUUUGUCUGGAAUACCCUCAUCAGAGGCUUCCAACAGAAUCAUUCCGCGAAAAAUACCCUUUAUUAUUUUGAUCAAAUGCGGGCGCACGGUGUCCAGCCUGAUAAAUUCACAUACCCUUUUGUCAUUCGCGCUUGUUCGGAUUUAUUGGAGUUUGCCAAAGGACUAAGUCUUCAUGGCCAGUUGUUUAAAAUUGGAGUCCAUUUUGAUAUCUUUGUGGGUACUAGUUUGAUCGAAUUUUAUACUGGUAUGGGGAACAUGAGCAUGACUAAAAAGGUUUUUGAGGAAUUGCCGGUUAAAGAUGAGGUAACAUGGUAUGCCAUGUUAUCUUGUUAUGUUAACAAAUUUAACGACAUGGAAAAAGCUCGGGAUUUGUUCGAGAAGAUACCGUGUAAGGAUCUUGUAAUUUGGCAUACCAUAAUUCUUGGGUAUGUCAAAGCCGGGGACUUAGAACUAGCGAAAUGGUAUUUUGAUAGAGCGCCUGUUAAGGAUUUACUCAUGUACAAUACUAUUUUAGGUUGCCUUGCCAAGAAUGGCGAACUUGAUUGUCUCUUGAGAUUGUUCCAUGAAAUGCCUUUUAGGGAUUUGGUAUCUUGGAAUACAGUAAUUGGAGGGCUCGUACGUGAUGGGAGGAUUAAUGAAGCUAUGAGAUUCUUCCAUCAAAUGGAAAGAGUGAAUUUGUCGCCUGAUGAUGUUACCCUGGCGAGCUUGCUCUCUGCUUGUGCACAAGCUGGAGCUCUGGAUACUGGGAAAUGGUUGCACUCAUAUAUUGAUAGGAGGUAUAAUGAGUUAAAUGCUGUGAUUGGAACGGCAUUGGUAGAUAUGUAUUGCAAGUGUGGGGAUUUGGAGAGUGCUGCAUAUGUCUUUGAUAAGAUGCCUGAACGUGAUGUGGUAGCUUGGAGUGCAAUGAUCAUGGGGUCCUCAAUGAACGGGCAGAGUAGAACUGCAUUGAACUUUUUUUACCGUAUGAAAGAUGAAUCUGAAAGGCCAAAUGAUGCGACAAUUUUGGGGGUUCUGUGUGCUUGUGUGCAUGCAGGGUUGGUUGAUGAGGGAAGGAAAUGCUUUUAUGGUAUGUCUCAGAAGUUUGGUUUAACACCAAAGUUGGAGCAUUAUGGUUGUAUGGUUGAUCUCCUUGGUCGAGCUGGUUUGUUAGACGAGGCAUAUAAUUUGAUACAAUCUAUGCCAUAUGAACCACAUACGGGUGCCUGGGGCGCCUUACUAGGUGCAUGCAAGAUACAUGGAAAUGUUGAGCUUGCUGAAAAGGCCAUAGAACACUUGAUCCAACUUGACCUUGAGGAUGGGGGCUACCUAGCAAUUAUGUCAAACAUAUAUGCCAAUGCAGGAAGGUGGGAAGAUGUCUCAAAAGUCCGAAAAUUGAUGAAAGUAAAAGGCAUUGGUAAGUCGCGAGGGAUUAGCUCCAUUGAGGUUAAUGGGGUAAUACAUGAAUUUGGUGUCCAAGAGAAAAGACACCCUCAAGCCAGAGAAAUCUAUGAUCUGAUAGAUGAAAUCUAUAGGCGACUCAAGAAGGCUGGCCAUGUCGCGAGCACUAGUGAGGUAUUUUUUGACGUCGAAGAGGAGGAAAAGGAAAAGGCUUUGUUUUUCCAUAGUGAGAAAAUGGCUGUUGCUUUUGGACUUAUUGCAACUGAUAAAAACACUAUCAUUCGUGUAGUGAAAAACCUUCGCAUUUGCGCUGAUUGCCAUGCAGCUAUGAAGCUGAUUUCUGCUAGUUUUGAAAGAGAAAUAAUAAUUAGGGACCGCCAUCGUUUCCACCACUUCAAGAAUGGUUUUUGCUCUUGUGGAGACUAUUGGUGAAUCUACAAAUUCCUCUCCAGUUAACAAACAGUGCUGAAAGUUCGAUGGUACAGGCAUCCUAGUACCUAGGACAGGCUAUGGAGCAAACAAAUGUCAUGGGUGGUUUUCAAGCCAUGCCCCAUGAGCCCCAUGAUCCUGGUUGCACCCCAUGGCUCCUUGGCAAGCCUCCCAGAUCCUAGUGCAUGGACGGCCCCAUGGCUCUGGCCGCGCUAAUUGACAAGUGCACCUGCGACUAUGUCGCACCACCCGUUGUGCACGCCCAUUCCCGUAAGCAGGCAAUGCCGGAAACGCCCAUCAGUAGGCAGCAUCCUUAACUCCAGCCUGUGCUCCGCUAGCAAUCACUUGCCACAUAUCCCAUGCUGUGUUCCCAGGCCCCACACGAAGUGCAUACAUGAUAAAGUCAAAGACAUGGACACAGCCCCUCCAAGUGUCGUAAUGGACCAGCUUACUCUUCUGAGUCUGCCUUCGCAUGAUGCUAUACAAGUUGCUCGGAGUCCUUUGAAUAGGUCAUAUGGCCAUUUCAUACAUAGCUUUACCUUCUUACUUUGUAUAGCUUAUAUGGCACAUUCUUGAUGGUUUUUGUGCCAGCAGCAUUACGAGGAAUUAUUUUGAAAUUAUCUAAGUGCUACUAAAUCAUAAGGGAAAAACAUUCUCAUGUACACAAGAUGAAGGUACUUAAGCUUCUUUUUUGAGAGUUUUUUUUUU